AUGACGACCGCAUCGUUCAAGUACAUGGACCCUGCGUCCUACGUUGUCAGCUCUGAGCCCUUCGUCAAGCCAUGGGGCAAGGUUGACGAUGGUGGCCGAUCCUACAAGUAUACGGAUACAAAGAGAUCUGUGGAAAAUAUCCGAGGCCAGGAGAACAACUUUGGUCCAGAUGUUUCAGGCUUCGGGGUCUAUCACUACCCUGCUAAAGAGAAGGCUUUCACAGAUGACCAGCAGGUCCGAGAUGGCUAUUACAAGGAGGUCGAGCAGCUCCUGAUGGAUAAACUCCCUCAGAAACCUACAAAGGUCGUCAUAUUCGAUCACACCAUUCGCAGGAAUCAAAAGGCCUCGCCACGACAGCCAGUGCAGCAGGUUCACGUCGAUCAAACUCCAGGCGCUGCUGCCGUCAGAGUGCGACGUCAUGUGCCAUCUGACGAAGCUGAAAGACUUCUCAAACAGCGGUACCAAAUCAUCAAUGUAUGGAGACCAAUCGGUCAUCCUGCAUCCGACUUCCCUCUUGCAGUCAUCGAUUGGCGCACCACAAAACCCGAAGACUUUGUCAAGGUGGAUCUACUUUACCCAACCAGACAGGGUGACGACGAUGGAGAUGACCGAGGAAAAGAGGCCGCGGUAGCGUCCAAGGAAGAGAACUCGACCGCCGGUUACGAGAUCAAAGGAGAAACGUACGGUGUGGCUCCUAGCGACAAUCAUCGUUUCUUUUAUAUGAAGGACAUGACUCCAGAGGAGGCCAUGUUCAUCAAGUGCUUCGACUCUCGUAGCCAAAGUGUGGGUGGUGUGCAAGACCUCGCAGGAAUGACCCCUCAUACAGCUUUUGUCGAUCCGAACUCGCCAGCCGACGCUCCUGGACGACAGAGUAUUGAGGUUUUUGUUUUGUAG